AUGGCUUCCUCGCGCACUUCGCUGAAGCGCACGCUUCUCCUGUCCACCUUCACAGCCCUCUCGCUGUUCUCCGCAACGGGUCUCGCGCAAGACAAUAGCAGUGGCGGAAGCGCAGCAACCACCGCCCAGACAUCGCAGGCCGCGGCCACCACCCAGAGAUCCUCCGAAACGCCAACUCGUACCACACAGAACCAGGUCUCCAUCACGAACACCGGCAAUGUCGAGACGACCGCAGAGACCUUCUCUGCCCCGAGAAUCACCGGAGGCACCACCGCAGCGUCAGGAGACGAGCUGACCGGCUUUCCCUCCCUCACCAACCAGCCCCUCACGACGACAUAUCCUCCUCCGACUGUCCCGCCUACCAACAAUGCUCCCUUCAUGCACCGGUCGACCGCCCCUCAGGGAACCGUCUUCAUUGCCGUUGGUGCCAUUCUCGGCGCUUUCGGUCUUGGUAUCUUGGUCUGGCGCGGCAUCAUCGCCUGCCUCCUGCAUCGCUCCGUCGCUCGUGCCGCAAACGCCCAGCACAUUGCCAACGACAAGGCCAGCUUCCCCGCUCCUCCCGCCCAGUUUUACAAGUAUACCGAUCAAGAAUCUACUCCGUCUCUGGGUGCGAAUGGCCGCGGUGUUCGUAGGACGCAGCGCGGUCCCAUUCCCUCCGCUACCCCGAGCCAGUCCAAUUUGUUCUUCUCACCUACGGCGGCUGGCGGCGGCGGCGGAGGCAACAACCGCGAUAGUGUUCGCGACUCGCGCUUCCUGCCUUCUGGUUUCUAUGCCGCCGGCACGUCGUCUCCCAGCCACGCUCACGGUCACUCAAUAAGCUUGACGAACCUGCGUCCCGACUCUCGCGGUCAGUACGGUGGCAUGCAGUCCCGGAACACCAUGAGGGAAUCUACGCCCCCCGAGUCACCCUCGUUCGGCGCCAGACGUGACUUGAGCACGAGCUCCGUCAACUUGUCUUCGGCCCCCGCCAACGGUCAAAGAGCACCCAGCGCAUACCUCGAGGACCUGCUCGACGAAAACCCCAAUGCCUUCCCGCCCGCUCACCCGGGAUCUCGGAACGCCAACAACAACUCCCCCGGCGGACGAUUCUAG